UUACGUUUACUAUCUCGUCUUGUUAGACAGACUAUAGAAAUCAUAUGUCCCAAUAUGAGAUAAUUCUUUUAACUUUUAUCUAAUCGAAUUACUUAUAUUACGCAAUUUUGUCUAAGCCAAAUAGUCAGAAUAAAUACUAUAAAAAGACACAUAAUUUAUAUCUCUGUUCUAUACUUCAACAUCUAUGUAUGUACGUUUAGAAUUUAGAAUUACGAAUAUAGUCACAUGAACAUGGCGCUGUGUUAUAUGAGAUUGCUUUGCCGGCGAAGCAUCAAUUCUUGUACUUUCCGGAAUGUAUAUACCUCCAGCUCACGAAAUGUUGCCAUAUCUAAACCACUGUUCACGGGAAGUACAAUUUGCGAAACUCAUGAUGAGAAAAACAUGCGCCUUAAGAGACCCAUGUCACCACAUUUGUCCAUUUACCAAAUUCAAUUAACAGCUUUUCUUUCAAUUACACAUCGUACAACAGGCAUGAUAUUAUCAAGUUAUGCCAUGCUGCUUGGUAUAGGAACAUUACUUAUCCCAGGUGGUAUUCCUUGCCUCAUAGAAAUCAUUACAAAUUUAGGUUUGUCUGCACCUGUUCUUUUCACGGGAAAAACUUUGCUUGCUUUACCUGCUACGUAUCAUGUAUUUAAUGGAUUUCGUCACUUGGCUUGGGAUUUAGGAAUGUUUCUUUCAAUUAAGGAAGUGUAUUGUACUGGUUAUGCGGUAAUUGCAUUAUCAACAAUUUCUGCUAUUGCUCUUGCUGCAAUGUAAAUUUAAAUAAUUAUAUUGUUACAUUGUGAUGUAAUUUCUAUCGAAAAUUAAUUGUACUGUUAGAUUAAUGUGUUCCAUCUUGUACUUUCGAAAUUAUAUCUAAUUUAUGACAAAAACCAAAAGUAGACAUUAUUAGUAAUUAAUUUAUAAUAGUAAAUACAAAAUAAUUUACGAAUGUAUGAACUGAUUUAAAAAUUAUAUUUUAAUAUAUGCAAAUAUGUGAAUAAAUAUAUCACACAAAACCUUCGAGAGAUGAAUCGAUAAAUUUUUUGUAAAUUGCCAUAAAUCGUGCGACAAAUGCUUCUAAAUGGAAAAUUGGUUUUGAUCCUCUGUGCAUUCUAUGUUCAUAUUCUGCUGCAACUGUUGCAAUUUCAAUUUUUAGCUGAAGAUCACAAUUUUUUAUACAUUCUUGUAAAAGACCCUUAAAUAUUAAAUCACAUGGUAUAGCAUGUGUUAAUAA